CGCGGCUCCGCGCCCGCCCUCCCGCCGGUGCCGAGCGGGGGCCGUCCCGAUCCGCCGCGCUGGAGGAUGGCCGAGGACUCGCCCAAGCGACGCAAGGCGAAUUUUAACGAGGCGGAGACGGAGGUGCUGAUCGAGCAGGUGCUGAAACACGAGCAGCUGCUGUUCGCGGCGGGGCCGGGCCGCGCCUCCCCGGGCCAGAAGCGGAAGGUGUGGGAGCUGAUCCGGCACAAGGUGAACCCGGUGGCCGCCUGCCCCCGCGACGUGGAGGACCUAAAGAAGCGCUGGCGGGACCUGAAACGCCGCGACCGCAGCAAGCUCUGCCGCCUUUCGCAGGGCUGCGGGCCGCCGGGCCCCGCCGCCGCCGCCGCCCUCGGCCUCCUCCUGGCCCCCGAGGAGAUGCCGCCCACCGCCCCGCCGCCCGCUCGCCGCCACCUCCACCACCGCCACCGCGCCUACGGCUCCCUGCUGCCUGCCGAGGCCGUGCCCAUCGUGGGCGGCAUCGACACGCUGGAGCUGCCCGGCGCCGUCGUGGGGGAGAUGGGGCUUACUGACAGUCCUGGCCCAUCUCAUCAAUCCAGUUUUGAGAAGAUGAACCUCAAAGAAGAAAUAGUGGUGAAAGUGGUAGAGCCAGAAGAAGGCUCUGAGGACAUGGCAGUGGUUCCACCUAGCCAAGAACAGCUACCUUUUAUGGGGACAUCAGGCAGUGGUUCGUCUGGGAAAGUAAAAGCCAAAACAAAAGGCAGGUCCCAGGCAGACCAAAACGAAAUAACUGAAGAGGACCUAGUGCAGAUUCAGCAGACCCAGAUGCGGGUGAUCCAGUCUGGCUUUGACAGUGUCAAUCACAACCUUCGGCUGCUGCAGCAGGGCAUGCAAGAUCUGAGUAACAGCCUCAGCAUCAUGGCACACACACUUGUUGCUAUCAAAAACGUCUAUGUGAGAAACAACACCGGCCAAACCACCUAUGCCACUGCCUCUACUCAGACCACAGCUGGCUACCUGAGCCCGGGUUCCCCCCAGGUCUCCCCUGCUGAGGACAGAGUUAGAGCACAGGUGGCUGGAAGCAGCAGCAGAAGCAGCAGCAGCAGCUCUAGCUCCAUGUCACAAGAAGCAGGACCUUCUGAGUUUUCUAGGCCUCCCUUGAGAACCAUUAAGAAAGAACAUCCAAAUGGCUGCUACUACUUCUGCUUUGCAGACGUGUAAAAACUUCAGUAUAUGUAAAGUGUGGUGUUAGGUGCUGUUGUAUGUUCUGCUCCGACCUGUGACUUCACAGGAGCAAAGUGGACUUGCCUCACAUGUUUUUCCCAGUGGGAAACAUUUCACCAUAGGUGGCAUUAAAUACUAAUUACCAGUCUCCUGUUUCUUAA